CCGUAGCGGCAGGAAAUAUGGCGGCGCUCAUGUCUCUCACACAGUUGUCGAGUGGAAACCCUGUGUAUGAGAGCUACUAUAGACAGGUUGACCCAGGAAACACAGGGAGGGUGGGCCCCACUGAAGCAGCGCUGUUCCUGAAAAAGUCAGGGCUCCCAGACGUCACCUUAGGAAAGAUCUGGGACCUGGCCGAUCCAGAUGGAAAAGGCUUCUUGGACAAGCAGGGAUUUUAUGUGGCAUUGCGACUUGUGGCCUGUGCCCAGAGCGGCAACGAUGUCAGCAUCUCCAGCCUCAACCUCACCAUCCCUCCUCCCAAAUUCAAGGACACGAGUAGUCCAUUGCUAACCUCAACAUCCUCCUCAAGCGACUCUCAUUGGGCCGUCAGGUCAGAGGAAAAGGGGAAGUUCGAUGGGAUUUUCGAAAGCCUCACGCCGGUGAACGGACUGCUGUCUGGAGAUAAAGUGAAACCAGUGCUAAUAAACUCCAAACUACCUCUGGACAUAUUGGGAAGGGUUUGGGACCUCAGUGACAUAGAUAAAGAUGGGCACUUGGACAGGGACGAGUUUGCGGUGGCCAUGCACUUGGUGUACCGGGCCCUGGAGAAGGAGCCGGUCCCCACCACUCUGCCCCCCUCCCUCAUCCCCCCCUCCAAAAGGAAGAAGACGGCGGGGACGCUGCCCGGCUCUGUGCCCGUUCUGCCCGCCAGCCCUCCACCGCCCAAGGACAGCCUGCGUUCCACCCCCUCCCACGGGAGCAUGAACUCUCUCAACAGCGCGGGCAGCCUGUCGCCCAAGCAGUCCCUAAAGUCCGCACAGCCCCUGGUGGCCUGGGUGGUACCGGUGGCAGACAGGGGGCGGUACGACGAAAUCUUCCUGAAGAUGGACACAGACAUGGACGGCCUCGUCAGCGGGGGCGAGGUCAAAGAGAUCUUCAUGCACUCCGGGCUCCCCCAGACUGUGCUAGCACACAUAUGGACCCUGGCCGACACCCGGCAGAUGGGCAAGCUGACCAGGGAGCAGUUCUCCUUGGCCAUGCAUUUAAUCCAGCAGAAGGUCAGCAAAGGCCUGGAUCCCCCGCAGACCCUGACCCCUGACAUGCUGCCCCCAUCGGAGAGGGGCACCCCCGUCCCUGACAGCGCAAGUUCUGUGGGGUCAGGGGAGUUCACCGGAAUCAAAGAGCUGGAUGACAUCAGCCAGGAAAUUGCACAGCUGCAAAGGGAAAAGUACACACUGGAGCAGGACAUUCGGGAGAAGGAAGAUGCCAUCAGACUCAAGACCAACGAGGUCCAGGAGAUGCAGAGCGAUCUGGACAGAGAGACCAGCAGCCUGCAGGAGCUGGAGUCUCAGAAGCAGGACGCAAAUGACCGGCUGGAGGAGAUGGACCAGCAGAGGUCCAAGCUGGAGGACAUGCUGAACGACGUCCAGCAGAAGUGCCAGGAGGAGUCCCAGACGAUCUCCUCCCUGCAGACCCAGAUCCAGUCCCAGGAGUCGGACCUGCAGAGCCAGGAGGAGGAGCUGAAGCAGGCCAAAUCGGACCUGAACCGGCUGCAGCAGGAGGAGUCGCAGCUGGAGCAGAGCAUCAAAGCAGGGAAGAUGCAGCUGGAGACCAUCAUCAAGUCCCUCAAAACCACGCAGGACGAGAUCAGCCAGGCCCGCAGCAAGCUGUCCCAGAUCAGGGACAGCCAGAAGGAGGUGACCAAGAGCAUCGAGCAGUGCAACGCGGCGCUGAACGGCACCCACGGGGGCAGCAUGACCAACCUGGCCGACAUGGGCGAAGCGUUUCCUGAAACGGAGAACGGAGGCUUCGGGGCCCUGGAGGACCCGUUCAAGGGGAAGACGUCUGUGUUUAACAGCAACGCCCAGGAGCUGUCGGCAGAUCCCUUUCACUCAGAAGACCCCUUCAAAUCUGACCCCUUCAAAGAUCCAUUUGGUGGUGACCCUUUCAAGGAGAACGACCCUUUUAAGACCUCAUCUGAAGACUUCUUCAAAAAGACCACCAAGGCAGACCCCUUCUCCACCUCUGACCCCUUCAACAAAAGUGCCACCCUCCCCUCCAAGGCAAGCCACUUUUCUGGCAGUGACCCAUUCACCUCCACCAGCCCCAAAUCAAAAGAUGUUUUUGGGACACUAGACCCUUUCGGGAGCAGUUCCUUCAGCAACAAGAGCGGAUUUGCAGACUUCAGUCAAAUGUCAAAGGGUUUUUCGGACGAUCCCUUCGGCAGAAACCAGGACACUCCAGCCCUGCCCCCCAAGAAGGCCGUGCCAUCUAGACCCACGCCACCUAGUGGUAAAAGUACCCCGGUAAACCUGCCUGGGUCGGGGGAUUCAGCCAAGUCCAGCGAUCCUUUCCAGCCCUUUGGCGCAGACGCCAGCGACCCGUUUCAGAGUAAAAAGGGUUUCGGAGACCCGUUUAGCGGCAAAGAUCCUUUCGCUCCUUCCUCCUCAAGUAAAGCCUCUAAAGACUCUUCCUUGGGUUUUGCAGACUUCAGCUCUUUUGGAAAUGAGGCUCAGCAGCUGGAGUGGGCGAAGCGUGAGAGCGAGCGGGUGGAGCAGGAGCGGCUGAGGAGGCUCCGUCUACAAGAACAGGAAGAUCUGGAAUUGGCCAUCGCCCUCAGCAAGGCAGAGAUGUCCAACGCGUGACUGCCGCCCCACACCAAACGCCAAACCCAAGCUCCGCCCACCACCACCACACUACACUCUUACACCGGUCGGCAAUAUGGCAGCUCGGAAGUGAGCUUAGCAACAGACUGUUGGGGGCAGGGCUACCUGUAGGUGUCUGUGGAGUGGUGCUUGCCUCUUCCCUUUCUGAUGAAUGAGGAAGAGGCCCUUUAUUAACUAUCUGUGCUCUAAAGGGGGAGGGGAUGCUCUGUGGUCUAUCAUGAUCUGUAAAUGCACUGUAUAAAAAAUUGUACUAUAGUUUCUGACCAAUGUUAAGACAUUUCCUUAUUUAAAAAAACAAAACAAUAACUAUAACACUCCUUUUUUCUGUAUCAGCAAGUGAUGGGGGUUGUGCAUGGAGGGACAAACUUUUAGAUGAAGUUGGUUUAGUUUGCUGUAGAAAUCGCACGUAUUGGAAUGCCUUUUGGAUAAUGUGAAAUGGAGGGGGAAAAAAGGACAACAAAUGGUAAUUUCCUUGUUUUCCCAUCUCAUCGAGUUUGUGCCAGUGCUGGGUACUGAAAGGCAUUUCUCUCUGAAAGGGUCAUAACAAAAAGGUUUGUGUGCAAGGUGUGAGCAUGAACAAGAAAGCUUUAUGCAGAAAUUCUCCAUUUUUCAAAGAGGUGGCUGGAUUCUGUCUUGGUUUUGAUUGCUAAGUAAUUUUUCCAUUGAAGUUGAGAAAUUCAUUAUGAAAACUCUUUCUGUGGUAAAUUUCUUUUUUUUUUUUAAUUACAUCUUUAUCGGAAAUCUGGCAUACAAUGUCUUUGAAACAUAUUUUUUUAAUGUUUAUUUUUCAGUGGCCGUGACUCAAAGAUUUUUUUUUUACUUUUAAAUCAGUAAGCACAA